GGCACAGCCCUCUGCUUUGCUUUCAUCCUGUUGUGUUUCACUUCAGUUAAUUUCCUGAUGAUGUUCACCUGGGACUGCAGCUUCAUCAGCUGUGACUGGCCGCCUGCUGGUCAUGUGGUGCUCCUCUACCAGGAAGCCGGAGCCUAUUAAAGCACACCUGGGAGCUGAGCCUGGCAGAGUCUGGUGAACUGUCUCUGGCUGACACUCACUGCGAUCCUGACUCUCUUUUGGCUGCAUGCUUCUGACUAAGCUGUUUUCCUCAGGUACGUGGUGGGAGGUUGUGAUCAGGCAAGUUUGGGGCCCCAUACAUUUUCACACGCAGGCUGAACUUUGUUAGACACACCAGGUAAGGGGUUGGUGCCAUUUCUUGUAAUGUUUUGUAUGUUUGUAUUUAGACUAGUUAGGUAGUCUUUUGUUGUUCUUUUGAUUUAUGGGUUUAGUUGCAGAGUUAGGCCUGGUUUUGUUAUAUUGAGUUUAUUUAUUUGGCACAACCCAAACGUCACUUCCUCCCCCACAGGUAAUUGUUUGCAGCAGCCUGAGUCUUUGAAUAUUAUAAACCAUAUUUAUAUACAUCAUCCUUGACUACUUGUCUUAUUUCAUGGUUGUACUGUUGCGCCCUCCCCAGGGACGUAACAAGUGGGGGCUCGUCCGGGAUCACGCAACCCUGGAGUAAGCAAGUGUUUUUUUUUGUUGUUACCGUUUGCGUAUUCUUGUAGAAUCAAUAAUGAGCUUUACUUUGCAGGCGUUCCUUGAUAGUCCGAGGAUCGAAGUCCUCGAGUCUUGUCGUAAGGCCGACUUAUUGUGUGUUGCCGCCCAUUUUGGUAUACCAGUGUCUAGACAUGCCAUUAAAAGAGAGCUCAGGGCUGAGCUUAUAGAGCAUUUAGUGGAGUUAAAGGUCCUUGUUGCCAGUGUCCCGUCUGUCUCUAAAGAUGAAACUGCCGGUGUGGCUGUUGACAGCAACGCCGUGGGUGUUGUCACGCCUCCAGGAAAGGUAGAGGAGGCUGAGGUCCCUCCUGCGACUUUACCACGCUUUGAUCCUUUGUCCCCCGAAUUGGGGAGUUCUAGCAGGGAUGCUAAGCUUAAGCUUCGCCUCACGCGGCUACGUCUGGAGACAGAGGAGAGGGAGAGAGAAAGAGAGCGACGGGCAGAGUAUGAGCUCCGCCUGCAGGUUCGCAGGAUGGAGAUUGAGGCGGACAAGGAAGUCCGGCUGAAGCAGCUGGAGGUUGAGGCUUUGCAACACUCUGCAGCACAGUCUUCGAUGGCAGACACUGCUACUGCUUUAGCGGUUUCUAACGGGAAAAGGGGGUUUGAUGUAAGCAGAAACAUAGCGAUGGUGCCUACGUUUCGUGAGUCUGAGGUGGAUUCCUACUUUAAAGCUUUUGAACGUGUGGCAAUAGCUCUUGACUGGCCAGAGGACAUGUGGUCCAUAUUGCUUCAAUGUAAGCUGGUGGGAAAAGCUCAGGAAGUUGUAUCCUCUCUUUCUGUCGCUGACAGCUUACAAUACACAGUGCUGAAAGAGUCUAUAUUGCGUGCCUAUGAACUUGUACCAGAAGCAUACAGGCAGAAAUUUAGGAAUCACAAGAAACCUAGUGGUCACACAUUUGUUGAGUUUGCAAGAGAAAAAAGUGUUCUCUUUGACAAGUGGUGUUCGGCCAGUGAAGUUCAAAACAAUUUUGAGUCUCUCCGUCAGCUUGUUCUUCUUGAGGACUUUAAGGGUUCAUUACCAGAGAAAGUCGUUGUGUUCCUCAAUGAACAAAAAGUUACAUCAUUGUCAAAGGCAGCAGUGAUGGCUGACGAGUUUGUUUUAACCCAUAAGACUGUGUUCUGGUCUCAUUCUGAAGGGUUAGCAGGACCCCGCCCUCUGAGAGUGGAGCCUAGAUCGUUUCCUCAGGAUAAGCCCAGAGAACUAUCAACUUCCCCUCGUGGUAGUCGUGAAUGUUUCUACUGCCAUAAAAGGGGCCAUGUUGUUGUAGAUUGUCCUGGUCUGAAACGCAAAUUGUCAUCCACAUCACCUCAACCUAAAGGCAUGGGUCUGCUCAAAAGUUUGCCAGGUAUGGACAAGCCUCAAACUUUAGACCCAUGUUUCAAACCUUUUGUGUCUCAGGGUUUCAUUUCAGAAACAGGCCAUCCAGACAACCAACAGCCGGUGACUAUGCUGAGAGACACGGGCGGCUCACAAUCUGUCAUACGGGAAGGAAUAUUGCCAUUAACUGAGGGCUCUUCAUGUGUGGAUUUCAUUCUCGGAAACGACAUAGCGGGUGGAAAGGUUGUACCAGCUCCUGAGGUGACAGAAAACCCUGUUGUGGACUUAGGUGUUGAGAAUCCACAGCCAGGUUUUGAAGGUUUCCCUCAUUGUGUUGUCACCAGGGCUCAAACACAGAAGUACGGUCUUGAUUUGUCUGAUUCCUUUCUUGCUGGAGAAUGUGUUUCGGUGAAGGGCAGAUCUAGCAGAUUGCCUAAGGUUUCACCUAAGUCUUUAACAUCGUGUCCUACAACAGUUGAAUUACCAGCUACACGAGAAGAAUUCAUCGCAGCACAGAAGGAAGACACAUCCAUUAAGAAAUGUCAUGCGCUUGUUCUUUCUCUUACAGAGGCUGAGAAAAUGAAAACUGCAUAUUUUUACAAUGAUGGCUUACUAAUGCGCCGAUGGACAAGCGGAAACCCUAGUGAGGACUGGGCAGUGACUAAUCAGGUGGUUGUGCCUACAGUCUUUCGUCCUCAGGUGUUGAUGCUGGCUCAUGAUCACCCGUGGUCGGGACACCUGGGGGUUACAAAAACCUAUGAUCGUGUCCUUAAACAUUUCUUUUGGCCUGGACUCAAGUCGGAUGUCAUUCAUUACUGUCGCACUUGUCACAUAUGUCAGUUAGCAGGAAAACCAAACCAAGUAGUUCCUCCUGCCCCCCUCUUUCCUAUUCCUGUGCAUGAGGAACCAUUCGAGAGGGUCAUUGUCGAUUGUGUGGGACCACUGCCGAAGCUGGAGAUAGACGCCAGCGCGGAUGGUGUUGGUGCUGUUCUCCUACAGGAGGAUGACUCAGGAAUAGACCACCCAGUGAGCUACUUCUCGAAGAAGCUCAAUGAUCAUCAGAAGAGGUACUCCACCAUUGAGAAAGAGGCUCUGUCAUUACUCCUGACGUUACAGCAUUUCGAGGUAUAUGUUGGCUCAAUUAAUUUCCUGAUGAUGUUCACCUGGGACUGCAGCUUCAUCAGCUGUGACUGGCCGCCUGCUGGUCAUGUGGUGCUCCUCUACCAGGAAGCCGGAGCCUAUUAA